UUGCGUCCGUCAGGCCCCGCCCCGCUGGAACGCGGUAGACGAAUCAGGUGACUGCGGCGGUAGUCUACUAGGGAGGCCGAACCAGGCGGCGGCUCAGAUCGCAGCGGAAGAGUCGUGCUUUUCUAACGUUUCUUAGCUUCCAAAUCCCAACAUACGGAGGCUGGUAAAAGCAGAGCAGAUCUGGUCAGGUCCUGAGACCGCUGAGUCCAGAGCAAUGUUGCUGAAGACAGUGCUCUUGCUGGCCUUGGUGGCCCAGGUGCUAGUCCUGGAGAAUGGGCUCCUGCGGAAGCCACCCAUGGGCUGGCUGGCCUGGGAACGCUUCCGCUGCAACAUUGACUGCAAUGAGGACCCGAAGAACUGCAUCAGUGAGGAGCUCUUCAUGGAGAUGGCUGACCGGCUGGCGCAGGAUGGAUGGCGGGAACUGGGCUACGUAUACCUUAACAUCGAUGACUGCUGGAUUGGUGGACGUGAUGCCAAGGGCAACUUGGUGCCAGAUCGCAAGCGCUUCCCCCACGGCAUUGCCUUCCUGGCUGACUAUGCUCACUCCCUGGGCCUGAAGCUGGGCAUCUACGAGGACUUGGGCAACUUCACCUGCAUGGGUUACCCGGGAACGACGCUAGACAAGGUGGUGCAGGACGCGCAAACCUUCGCCGAGUGGAAGGUGGACAUGCUGAAGCUGGAUGGCUGCUACUCAAGCCCCCAGGAGCGGGCCGAGGGGUACCCCAAGAUGGCCGCUGCCCUGAAUGCCACAGGCCGCCCCAUCGCCUUCUCCUGCAGUUGGCCAGCCUAUGAAGGGGGCCUCCCCCCAAAGGUGAACUACACCCUGCUGGCAGACAUCUGCAACCUCUGGCGCAACUUCGAUGACAUCCAGGACUCCUGGAGGAGCGUGCUGUCCAUCCUGGACUGGUUUGUGACCCACCAGGACGUGCUGCAGCCGGUGGCCGGCCCGGGGCACUGGAACGACCCAGACGUGUUGCUCAUCGGGAACUUUGGCCUCAGCUUCGAGCAAGCCCGAGCCCAGAUGGCCCUGUGGACGGUGCUGGCGGCUCCCCUGUUGAUGUCCACAGACCUGCGUACCAUCUCCGCCCAGAACAUAGACAUCCUGCAGAAUCCACUCAUGAUCAAAAUCAACCAGGAUCCCUUAGGCAUCCAGGGACGCAGGAUUCUCAAGGAGAAAUCCUACAUUGAAGUGUACUUGCGGCCCCUGGUCAAUGAGGCCAGCGCCAUCGUCUUCUUCAGCCGCAGGACGGACAUGCCUUAUCACUACCAUUCGUCCCUUGCCCGCCUGAACUUCAGCAGCUCCGUGGUGUACGAGGCCCAGGACGUCUACACAGGUGAAAUCAUCAGUGGCCUCCAGGAUAAAACGAACUUCACCGUGAUCAUCAACCCUUCGGGGGUGGUGAUGUGGUACCUGUACCCCAUCAGUAAGCUGGGGAUACCCCAGCAGUGAGGGGCUGGAGCCAGUGACAGGCUGUGGCGGCACCACUGAGCCUGGACGAUGGAGGGUCCGUGUGCCGAGGGCCAGUGCGGUGGGGUUCUCUGCUACCCAGGCCUGCUCAGCGACCCGACCUCAUCAGACUUGGGGUGCGAGCUGAGAGCCAGGUCCCGCUCCCUGCUGGAGCAGGAACUCUCCAGGAAACUUGUCUCAGGGAGACCCUGUGGCUUUGUGGGCCUCUACCGUGUCUGCACAGCCCCACAGAUAACUGCUGAACAGCUCGGUCAGCCUCCCCUGUGGGGACAGGCAGGGACACGCAUAUCUGUCGGGACACGCAUAUCUGUCAGGACACGAGCCUUGGACCUUCUGUGUAUUGACUCUGAAAUCAGGAAUUUUGGGAAUUUUUCUUAUAACUAGGAGUAGAGCUCUGAUCUCUUGUCAGGAAUCCCUGUGAAUUAUGUGACUGACUUUCCUGCCCGGAGAAGGCCUUGCAGGCUGACAUGGCCUGGGAGUGACCUUGGCUCCUUCGGGUCACCAAUAAAGCUGUUUUUCUGUCAAGCAGUUGCAACGUGGACCUGGGCCGUGGGCGGUAGGGACUCUGGGGAGCACGGCACGAGGUGCCGGUUUCAGAUUGCGCCUCACAGGGAAGAUGUAUGGCAUCGUCUGGCCCAUCACUCCGCAGACCGGCAGAUGGCACUUCUGACCAUGCCAGGCUUGCCCCUCACCCCAGGCCAUCCCUGCUCCGCCCAGCAUUGAGGAGGUGGCAGCACAGAGCGGCCGGCUAGUGAAGUCCUGGGCCCUCUGCCCAACCCCGUCCACGUGUUACAGGCUCUGCCUGCCAUGACCACACUCAGCGGCCCCUUGGCCGCACAGGGAAAGGCCCCGGUCUGCUGGGGGGUGCUGCGUCACUGUCUGGGCUGUCUUUCAGGCGCCCUCCCCAUUCCUGACAGGCCCUCAGUCAGUGGCGCCCCUGGCUGCAGCAGCUGAGGGCAGUGAGCUCUGCCUUUCCCCCACAGGGCCCACACAGCUUGUCCUCUGCCCAUCAGUGCUCCCAGCUCCCCCCUGAGCUUCUCUCCUAACCUGGGUGAGAGGACUUUCAGAUCCCUCAGCUGUGUCCAAAGGAAGGUCCAGGGGCUCUCUUUGUGACCUGAAGUAUAUUUCCUGCUCCUCCUCCUAGGGAAAGGGGUAUCCAAAGAACGGCUGGUUCUUGACUUCAGUUCCUCGUUCCCAAGCCCUCUCUUUAGCUAAGGCCUCAGGGCGUCUGUCUUCCAUGGUGGCCCUCGUUCCCCUUUGGAAAGGAGCAGCAGAGCAGGCGAGGUAGGUUCUCCUUGUGCUUUGGAGCACACACUGGGGCACCCAGGCCCCAGGCUUUGUGUGGUCCUCCCUGUAGGAACUCUUCUGGGGGCUCUCCCAUGUUCCCUUCCUCGGGGGUCUGAGGUCCUUAUGUUUAGAGUAUGGUGGAAAGAACUCUCAAAUGUGCAUUUUAUAGGGUAAUUUAAGAUCUCUGGAGUCCAGGGUCAUCAGAGGAAGCUCCCUUUUCCCAGUUGAUGUCUUGAGGCUGUGGGUCACUCAGAAGGACCGACGCCUCCGUAGCCCAGGCCUCUGCCCUCUGAGGUCUGUCAGCUGCAGCUCCAGGUCUUGGUCAUAGUGCUGUUCGAGCCAAAUGGAAUGGUCUGGGCAGGAACACUUCUUUUGCCAGUCCCAGGAAAGAUCUUUCCCACCACCCUGGGAUGUGGUAUUAGCGAUUGAGAACAGACUUGGGACUUGGGGCCAGGGGUCAGCCUGGAUUUGACCAGCUGAUUACUGUGCCCUUCCAGACCCAGAGAUAGUUCUUACUUGCUGUAUAGCUUUAUCCUGAGGUACCUGAUCAAUGCUGCAGCUUUAGCCUUUAUUCUCCUAACACGCGGUGUGCCUAUCUUCUAUGACAUUGCUUUACUGCCCUUCACCAAAGGCCAGUUUGGAACUCAGUUAUUUUUCCCAAGUUCAGCCUUGUUUGGACCCAAGAGUACCCCUUCUGUUUUUUAAAAAAAUUUUUUAUUAUGGAAAUUUUUAAAAAUAAAAAUAAACUGGUAAUUAAGCCUUCAUAUACCCAUCACCCAGAUCCAACAACCAUCAACCUGUGCCAUUGUUUUAUCUCUCUCAUCCCACGCAUACUUUUCUGCAUGUGAGCCGGAGUAUUUGAGAGCAAAUCAAAGAAAACUCUAAACACCGAUGUGUAGCUCUAACCGAUCAUAGGGCCUUGAAAAGAAUAUAUGUCCCUAAUAAAAAUUUUAAUCUGA